CGAGGGCUGCAGUAAAUACAGACGCAGGAAUGUCGUCCAGUUACUCUGCGAAUCAGUAUGACAGCGCCUUCAGGUCCCAGAGGCUGCAGAACUGGGGCGAGAACAAAAGCUUCAAAGAGAGACCCACUAUAAAGGAUGGUCCUACUACUUUUAUUGCCAAUGACAGAGGUCAUCUGCUCCCCGGAGUGGUCAAGCGUGGCAGUGCGUGGCCAGACUUUAAGGGGACCUGGGAUCUUCCUGCUCGUAUCCCAGCUCGCCACAUCGACCCCAUGGGUCGCUCUGUGGAGGGUCUGCACAGGCUCAGGUCCUGGGGCUUCCACCCACAGCGCGCACACACGUCCAGCAGAAACUCACAGAGGGAAGACAAGCAGACCAUGGUGGACCAGCAGCUGGACAUAUGUCCAUCCACCACAGCUGUAGCUCGUCCAGCGUCUCAGACCCGCCCCGUCAGUGGAGGCGAGAGUGUCGCCCGUCAAAACCAGGACUCACAGGCGGCUGUGGUGGACAAACCGGCUUCUCUGGCCGAUAAAAGGCUGAUGAGCCGGUGCUCUGCGGCUGAAGAGAAGCCAGUUGCUGGAGAGGAAACCAACGCGAGGCCCUAA